AUGGCUAAACUUACUGGAACCUCUAACUACAAGGUGAACGAGGUUCGCCGCCUCCUGGUUCUCGUCGCCAAGUACCUCCCGCUUGGGAAGGAUGAGUGGGAGCGCCUCGCGAGUCACUUCAACGCCAACCGCGGCCGUGGCAUCGCCGAGCGCGACUACGAAAGCCUUCGGCGAAAGUUUAUGGUGCUCUACAGCACCCGCAAGCCCAUGGGAGUGCAAGCGAUGCCGCCUCACAUCAAGGAGGGCAAGCUGUUGAAGAAGGCCAUCGACGACAAAGCCAACGUGGUCAUGAUGCUGAUGAUGCGCGAGGAGAACGAACGCAAGGCCGAGGCCCGACGCAUGGAGGAAGCGCAGCGCCGCCGAGACGAGCUCGCCGCUCGUGAGGCGCGUUACCUCGCGGACAAAGCGGAAGCGGUGGAGCGGUGGCGCCAGGAGAAAGUCGAGAUCGAGGAGCGUGCGCGUCGCGACAAAGAGGAGGCCCGUGCCCGCACCCAGGAGCUGCUGCUGCUGAUCGGCGCGCUGACGAACAAGGACUGA